GGAGAAUCACAUCUUUUGCCCGGGAACAGUCGUUGUUGAGACUGUAUAAUCACCAUGCUUCUCGAAGACCAGAGAUUCAUCCACGAGGAUCUCGAGAGACUAGAGCAGGCGAUUGCGGAUCGCGUUGCCGAUGAGCCUCGUAACAUUAAAGAUCGCUUAGCCCGCGACCAUGAAGUCGCUCAGUUCCUGGACCGUAUAGGCGAGCAGUCGAAGAGACUACUAGAUAUCUACAAAGACGCGGACGGCGCACGCGAGAGGGAAAUCCAGGCCAUCUCGACCGGCGACCAAUUCGAGGAGUUCUACAAGCAACUAGACGAGAUCAAAGAUUUUCACAAGCGCUAUCCCAAUGAGCCCGUGGAGAAUCUGGAGCGAGCAUACAAGCGCCAUGAGGGCGAGCCGAUCGGAAUGGACAUCGAUAACUUCUUUACGGGUGAAGAAAGCUUCGGACAGUUCUUGGACCUUACGAAAGCGCACGAAGACUACCUGAACCUGCCUGGCGUCAAGAGGUUAACGUACGUUCAGUACCUCGAGGUAUUUGACGCUUUCACGCCCCCGCAGAUGCUUAUCAAGCGGCCCAAUAAGCUGUCCGAUAAGUACUUCCAGUAUGUUGGGGACCUUGCGUCAUAUUUGGAGGGAUUUAUCAAGAAGAUUAGGCCCUUGCAGGACUCGGAUAAGCUCUUUGGUAGCUUCGAUGAGGAGUUUGAGAAACAAUGGGCGGCUAAUGAGGUUCCUGGAUGGUCGGAUGAGGCGGCUCAGAAUGGUCCUCAGGGUCCACAAACUGAAGGAUCUGGAGAGGGCAUUUGGUGCGCUGCUUGUGAGAAGGAGUUUAAGAACGAGAAUGUGUACAAGAAUCACUUGACAGGCAAGAAACACAUUCGCGCCGCUGAGGCUAAAAAGGCCUCCGGUGACUCUGGCGAGAAGCCAGCAACAGCAAAUGGUGUUUCGGCCGUUGCUUCUCGCCUGAAGGAACGCGCUGUGGCAGAGCGUGAGCAUCGUGUUCGGUCGCUGGCGCAGGUGUUGGACGCCGAGCGUCAAGCCACGCGGAUCAACGUUGAGCGGAAACAGGGUAUGACUGAGAGAGAGCGUCAGAUGGAACUCGAGGCGCUGCUUGCAGAAUCCGAAAAUGCUGGCGGCGAUCGCGCAGGCGAUCAAUCCGACGAUGAUGGAGAUGACCGAAUCUACAACCCGCUUAAGCUACCGCUUGCUUGGGAUGGAAAGCCCAUUCCUUACUGGCUGUACAAGCUGCACGGCUUGGGUGUUGAGUACCCUUGUGAGAUUUGCGGUAACUUCGUGUACAUGGGUCGUCGCGCUUUCGACAAGCACUUCUCAGAAGGGUUGCAUAUUUGGGGCCUGAAGUGUUUGGGUAUCACCUCGAAUACGAACCUUUUCCGCGAAAUUACCAGGAUCGACGACGCCCUUCGAUUGUGGGAAAAGCUCGAGCAUGACCGCAAGAAGGAUAAGGACAGCCGCGACAACGUGGUUCAGAUGGAGGACGCAGAGGGCAAUGUGAUGCCAGAAAGGAUCUACUUGGAUCUGCAAAAGCAAGGCAUCCUGUAGCCGCGGCCCUCCCUGCGCAUUACGUAUAUUCUCCUAUAUCCACAUAUCUUACGUUUAAAAGCCUGGAGUUUGACGGUUGUUUUCUUCAUUUCCGUAGGGUCUCAUACCAUUGGGUUGUCUGGCUGGGAACAAUGGCUUUAUCAGUGCAUGGCCUUACGCGCCUCAUGUAUUCUACAUAAGACUUUGCUAUCAUCAACAAGAUAAGACUAUCUCUUAAUUCUUCGUUGUUUUCACUCAUGAUGUUGUAACAACCUAGUACCUAUCACGUGC